UUGACUGCGCAGUGUUCAGAAGAGCAUUUGUAAACGUUGUAAACAACAUAACAGUAAACAACAUGGCGGCAGUGUUGUGAUUUGACGUUGACGAUUAGUGCUUGCGCAAAUUUGUUUCUAAUGUUUAUUUAAAUCCAACGUAGAAAGUGAUCAGUUUUAGUUCUCGAAUUGAUGCAAUUGUCGCAUCUGAUAAGAUGAGCAGUAAUCAUUUGCAGUCGCCUAACUCUUGCGGGACAUCGAGCAGCCGCCUCGGCGAAAUUGCGCACCUCGAACAGUUCUCUAACAACUUUGCGUCGCUGUUUCUCAACGAAGAAUACUCGGAUGUAGCCCUAAUUGUCGAAGGGCAGCGACUACACGCCCAUAAGGUUAUCCUGGCUGCCAGAAGUGAAUAUUUUCGAGCUUUACUAUAUGGUGGAAUGAAGGAAUCAAACCAAUCUGAGAUAGAAAUGCCUGAUGCUGCUUUAUCAGCAUUUAAAGCUCUACUUAAAUAUAUCUACUCUGGCCAUAUGUUUCUCAUUUCAAUGAAAGAAGAAGUCAUUCUAGAAACAUUAGGUUUGGCACAUCAAUAUGGUUUUCAAGAGCUUGAGACUGCCAUAUCAGAUAUUUUGAGGCAAUUAUUGGCUUUAAAGAAUGUGUGUGCAAUUAUUGAUACUGCCAGAUUAUAUGGAAUGGACAGGCUUGUGGAAGUGUGCCAUUUGUUUUUUGAUCAGCAUGCAUCAGAAAUCUUAGACCAUGAAUCCUUCAUUAGUUUGUCACAGGCCUCUUUAGUGGAAUUGCUUAAAAGGGAUUCGUUUGCUCCGGAAGUGGAAAUAUUCAAAGGUGUGUGCAAAUGGUGUAGGCACAAUGAAGUAAGCAGUGAUGAAGUAAUUGACUGUGUUCGCCUCUCAUUGAUGACAAUCACUGAUUUAUUAUCAGUGGUGAGACCUGCAGAUCUUGUAAAACCUGAUACUUUGUUAGAUGCUAUUGCGGAAAGAACUAGUGCAAAAGUUAGCAAUCUGCCACACAGGGGGCAACUGAUAUUGAAUGAAAACGUUGCAACGCAAGGGCAUGGUUCGAAAGUAAUCGCCGGCGAACUAUUAGAUGCUUGCAUUGAUGGAGACAUUUACAAUUACGAUUUAGAGCGUGGGUACACCCGUCAUACUAUUGGAUUGCCGGAUCAAUGUAUUAUUGUCAAACUGGGAAAGCCAUCAAUUAUCAAUCACCUAAAACUGCUUUUAUGGGAUCGCGACAACCGUUCCUAUUCUUACUACAUUGAAGUUUCGCUUGAGCUCAAGGAUUGGAUUCGAGUCAUCGAUUAUAAUCAGUAUGCGUGUCGGUCAUGGCAGAGCUUAUUCUUUGAUACCAGAGUUGUGCAGUAUAUUAAAAUUGUUGGAACAAAUAAUACAUCAAAUAAGGUGUUUCAUUUAGUAUCUUUGAAUGCAAUGUACAAAGAAACCCUACCGACCGUCAUAAAUGGAGUGAUAUGUCCCACGAGUAAUGUUGCUACCUUGGAAAAGUCCGCCUGUGUCAUCGAGGGAGUGUGCCGCUCAAGAAACGCUCUGUUAAACGGCGAUACAAAACAUUAUAACCUCGAUUCGGGCUACACCUGCCAUCAAGUUGGCUCCGGGUCCAUCCUCAUUCAGCUGGGUCAGCCAUACAUGCUCUCCAGCCUGCGCCUUUUACUGUGGGAUUGCGAUGAUCGAAGCUAUAGUUACUACAUCGAGUCGUCCGUCAACAUUCGCGACUGGGAGGUGCUUGUGGAUCGCACUCGUGAGAGGUGUAAAUCAUGGCAGGUGGUUCGUUUCCCGGCCAGGCCGGUUGUCUUUAUCCGAAUUGUCGGUACCUACAACACCGCUAAUGAAGUGUUUCAUUGUGUACAUUUCGAGUGUCCCUCGUCAACAGAUCAAGAAGAACUAUGGAAGACCGAGUCGAAGUCGACGCAGAGCGGCAGCACUCAGACGAGCGUGCGAGACGUUGAGAACAAUAAUAAUGGCGUGGCGCGGGCAUUAACGCCGAACGUCGACGCGGCGCAGUCUACUGAGACUGCCACCGAAGCCGAGGAGUUGCAUUACGCCUGGGACGAUGCGGUCGAUUAACAUGCGGGCCGCCAUUCGGACAUCCGAACGUUCUUAAUAUAUUCUACUUCAUUCUAGUCACAGUAUGAAUUACAAUGAGUAGCUUGUUCCUUGAUUAUCACGCAAAUACUUAGGAAAAGAUAUUUUAUUAAUUACAGGUGCAAAUAUUGUAGAAAAUUGUUAGUAUUAUCAUUAUGAUUGCAUAUAGCUCCUAGCGAAUCUUAGAACCUUGAGAUUGUUAUUUUAAUAAUAAAAAAGAUGAAAUUAUA